AUGUGUUCGUCUUCAGGUGAAGCUGGUAGUGGUAAGACUGCGUUCUGUCAGGAGUUGAGUUCCCCCAGUCCAGGACCCGCUGCCAGACAACAGCGAGCGCUUAACCGGAGACUAUUAGCCAGGCAUUUCAUACAGAUUAAUAAUGAGAAUAGUCUGCGUCCCUCCGAGUUCAUUCGCUCGUUGGCGAUGCAGAUAUUGAGCCAUUCUUCGAGGCACGCGCGCAACGAUAUCUCGCCAAGGGAACCGAACAGCGACAGGCGCAACUCUGAUGACGAUCGAGACAAUUGCUUUCUGAAUAGAUUCCAAGGUCUAAUUGACGAUGCCGAGGAGAGCUCUAAGCCAUUGCUGGCAGAUAGUGAAGAUCAACGGACCGAUGAGGAAGAAUGCGGCUCGGGACGUCGAACCCGCACCAUAGAGCGUAUUCACGAGCGUGAUACCUACCAGGACUCUAUCCGUGACGAUCGCCAUGUAAGCAGUCUCUUUUAA